UGCGCCUGCGCGGAUCGCGUCUCCCGGAAACAACAUGACAGUGUUGGUAUCCGCUUGUAGACAGAAUCUGACAGAAGGUACAGCAAAACUUUAACUUUAGCAGAUUCUCCACGGGUUUAAAGACGCUCGUCAGGAUUAUCUUCACGAUGUUUCUUCCGAGUCGAUGAAACGAACUGUGUUUCGAGAGAAAGACGGACACUUUGUUAAUAAUUUGCCGAGUGACGGUAGCUAGCGGUUAGCUAGCUAACUCAGAGCUUGUUGUCAGUCUGUCAACAAGUUGUGUUAAGCAUGGACUGCACGGCGCUGGAGCUCGAUGCCGUCAAAUUCGCCAAAACCGCGGUCACCUACGACCAGAAUGGCAAAUAUAACGAGGCUGUCUUCUAUUAUAAGGAGGCAGCCCAGGCCCUGAUAUAUGCUGGCAUGGCAGGGUCCAAACUUGAGGGAAUCCAGGACAAAGUGAAUGAGUACUUGGAUCGGGUCCAGGCCCUCCACAAUGCAGGCCAGGCUCAGAAGAAUGACCCGCUGAAGUCCCGGCAGCAGGUGGACCUGGAGCGCGCUCACUUCCUGGUCACACAGGCCUUCGAAGAAGAUGAGAAGGGAAACGACGACGAAGCCAUUGAACUGUACACUCAGGCUGUGGAGCUCUGCAUUACCACUUCCAACGAGACAUCGGACCAGGCGCUGCAGACCAAGCUGAAGCAGUUAGCACGUCAGGCUUUAGACAGGGCGGAGGGUCUUAAAGAAUCCCAGUCCAAAUCAACUCCAGCUCAGACUCAGGACAGAACUGGAGCCAAGGCCAGCAGUGCAGCCGGCUCUGGGGGACCGGCCCGACAGUUUUUCCCUCUUGGGCCAGACUUCAGCCUCCAUGACCGACCGCAGCCCCAGCCGGUCCGGGCGGUCCAGUCCAGCGAGCCCCACGGUCAGCGCUACACGUCUGAGGAGAUUGAAGUGCUCAGGAGUACAUCUAAAAUCAACGGCAUCGCUUAUGUGCCCUUUAUGAGUGUGGACCUGAGGGAGCGGUUUGCCUUUCCUGUCCCUUUCUCGGACAAAACGGGGAAGCUGGCGCUGUCACCCAAACAGAAAGCCAUCUUCUCCCGCUGGGUCCGACCAGACGAGAUCUCCAAUAACCCCACGAUGAUCAUGUCUGUGUCCAGCUUCAGCAUCAAACAGACGGUGGUUUCUGACUGUUCGUUUGUGGCGUCGCUCGCUAUCAGCGCGGCCUACGAGAGGCGCUACAACAAGAAACUCAUUACCAGUGUCAUCUACCCUCAGAACAGACGGGGGGAACCAGAGUAUAACCCCUGUGGGAAAUACAUGGUCAAGCUGCACAUCAACGGAGUUCCCAGGAAGGUGAUUAUAGACGACUACCUGCCGGUGGAUCAUAACGGAGAGCUGCUGUGCUCUUACUCCAGCAACAAGAACGAGCUCUGGGUCUCCCUGAUAGAGAAGGCUUACAUGAAGGUGAUGGGAGGCUACGACUUCCCCGGCUCCAACUCGAACAUCGAUCUGCACGCGCUCACCGGCUGGAUCCCUGAACGCAUCGCCAUGCACUCAGACAAUCAGUCGUUCAGCAAGGACGACACUUUCCGUAUGCUCUUCCAGAGGUUCCACAGGGGUGACGUCCUCGUCACCACGGCAACAGGGGUGAUGACAGAGGAAGAAGGGGAGAGAUGGGGUUUAGUGCCAACACACGCCUACGCCGUUCUCGACAUCAGGGAAUACAAGGGAAUGCGUUUCCUGCAGCUGAAGAAUCCGUGGAGCCACUUGCGGUGGAAGGGUCGUUACAGCGAGCGUGACGAGAAGAACUGGACGCCUGAGCUCCUCAAAUACCUCAACUUUGACCCCAAGACGGCACAGAAGUUUGACAACGGUGUUUUCUGGAUCGCAUGGGAGGACCUUUGUCAAUACUAUGAUGUCAUCUACCUGAGCUGGAACCCUGCCCUGUUCAAAGAUUCCUCCUGCAUACACAGUAGCUGGGAUGGGAAGCAGGGCCCGGUGAAGGACGUCUACAGCCUGGCCAACAAUCCCCAGUACAAGCUGGAGGUCCAGUGUCCAGCAGGGGGCGCUGCUGUGUGGGUGCUGCUCACCAGACACAUCACUGACAAGGAUGAUUUUGCACAAAACAGAGAGUUCAUCACCCUCGUUGUUUACAAGACCGAUGGGAAGAAGGUUUACUACCCAGCCGACCCCCCUCCUUACAUCGACGGCAUCCGCAUCAACAGCCCACAUUACCUGACCAAGAUGAGGCUGACCAGCGCCGGGACACACACCUUCACACUGGUGGUGUCCCAGUAUGAGAAACAGAACACCAUCAACUACACACUGAGGGUUUACUCCGGAUGCAAGUUCACCUUCUCCAAGAUCCCAAAUCCUUUCACUCAAACCAAACGGAUUAACGGCCAGUGGAAGGGAGUCAGCGCUGGAGGUUGUGGGAACUACAAGGAUUCGUACAAACACAACCCGAUCUAUCAGAUUAACCUGGAGCGCUCGGGACCGCUGCUCAUUGAGCUCCGAGGAUCCAGGCAGUACAGCGUUGGUUUUGAGAUGGUGAUGGUGUCGACGGUCGGGGAUCCAGGCCCGGCUGCCUUCCAGAAAAAGAGCAGUGGAGAUUACAGAUGUGGCUUCUGCUACAUGGAGGUGGAACACGUCCCUGCAGGCAUCUACAACGUCAUCCCCACCACCUUCUUGCCAAAACAGGAAGGACCCUUCUUCUUGGACUUUGCCAGCACCUCGCCCCUCAAGGUCUCCCAGCUCCAAUGAAGGCGGAGCUGGGAAAAGAGGAAGAGGAAGAGGAGGAGGAGGAAGAGGAGGAGGAGGAGGGACUGGAAGAGAGGUACUUUCAAGGAUAUGAUGGGAUUGUCUCUGGAACUGUACUGUGGAUGUGACGAGGCCUCAGUGACACAAACUGGCAGCACCGACGAGUCUGAAACCUUCACCGAGGUGCUGCAGGCGGACGGAUUGACACGACUCUGGUGAAGGAAUAACUUAUUAAAAAGGAAUCAUCAAGAGAAACCCAUCAACAAUCAACGUGUGUUGAGCGGAUUAUAAUUCAACAAAAAUAAAACAGCCAAAAGACGAAGUAG